AAUUGGAGCAAGAUCUUUCUUUAGCACAGAAUGAAUUAUCAGAAAUGGAAUCUCUUGAAAAUAAAUUAAUGCAAAUAAAGGAUAAUUUAGCUUUAGCACAAAAGGCAUUAUUAGAGAAAGAUUCCCUUCUUCAAGAAGCUAAUACUCAUUUAGCAAAGCAGAUUUUGAAAGUAUCCG